AUGAAUAUUUUCAGACUAACAGGAGAUCUGUCACAUCUUCUAGCUAUCGUGCUGCUGUUGUGGAAAAUAUGGAAAACAAGGUCGUGCGCCGGUAAGUUUUCGUUACGUCGGGCUGAAGCCACCUCAUAACUAACAUGACUGCCUUUUGGACGGUGAAUUUGGCUUUGGUGCUUUGGCAAAAGCUAUUUUAGCAAUUUAGUACAUAUUGUAGCUUCUUAUUACAGUUAUAAGAUGUCUCUUGGUAUUACGGGAUGAAAGGUCUUCAGUCAAUUUCAUACGUGAAUCGAUUUGUGUUUAAAUUUUGUACACGUGUAAUAAAUUUCAUUGGACGAGGGAGAUCAGCUGGAAUCAGGAAUCUUUUACGAAUUGUGGUCGUUAUAACUUGAUAAGUGCCAUUGUAUCAAGAAUAUGUAAGCUUACUUUCAAUUCGAGGCUUAAACCAGCUUCCAAGAGCUAAACUUUGCAGCACAUCUUUUAUUGAAUAUGUCUUUGUGAUGUGAUUUAUCAAGAUCAGAUCAUAUGUCGUCUGCCGUUUAAUACUUAACCUCAAUGAAUUCACCAGAGUGAAACUGUAUUCUUUAUUUUUGAUCGGUUUUUCUCUUGAGUUAUUCUAAAGUUAAAGGUAACUGAAUUUUUCUCCAAUAAUAAAAUCAUAAGUUUACACCAUCGAUAAACGAAACUGAACAACAAUUGCGGGAAAUCUUCAAUAAUAGUCUCGAAUAUUUUAGAAUAUUUGCAAAGUCCCAUUUAGUCUUAUAUUUUAGCGUCUAUUGACUUCAAAUCCUUUUUUCACUUGAAAGAGUUUUGAGAAAGACCAAGCUUCCAAACAAAUGAUCAAAGAAAAAUAGGAAACAGGAAAAAUAAACAUAACAGGAAAAUAGUCUAAACAAUGACUUUUUGCAUUGGUCUUAGGGCCUGUUUUCAUGGAGGUGGGGGACCCCAGGUAGGUGAGGUAACCCGUUUAGGUGGGGUAACCUGCCUGUCCAUAUAAUCUCUCAUUUUUUUUAAAAUUUGAUCAUGUUUACAUGAUACAUUGUAGGUAGGUGACCUGCCACAUGUUACCUCACCAUCUGGGGUCCUUCACAUCUAUGUAAACAGACCCUUAAAUUGUAUUUAAUGAUAAAUGUAGCUUAAUGACCUGCUGUGUAAAUACCUUUUCCCAUCUUCUUCUUGGAUUGUCACCUCUAGGCACCAUCAGUUCUUCGUGAAAGUAGUUACAAAUCAUUCAGUUCUUACAAGUUUCAAGAUUUUCCCACUACAUCCCAGCUUACUUGGUCCAUAUGAUAUGUCAGCAUCUACAAGUAGAGAAAAGGAUCCAAAACCUGAAUGUUUUAAAACAAAUUAAAAAAAAAAUAGAUCAUAGCAUUGAUGAGAUUUUAUUUUCUUCUUUGCAGGCUUAUCUGGCAAGAGUCAAAUUCUUUUUGCCUUGGUAUUUAGCACACGAUACCUUGAUUUGGUUUUGACUUUUAUCUCAGUCUAUAACACUGUGAUGAAAAUCAUCUACUUGGUGUGUGCGUACGGUACAGUCUAUUUGAUGCUAAUUAAGUUCAAGGCUACCUACGAUUCAAAUCAUGAUACUUUCAGGAUUGAGUUCUUGCUCAUACCAGUCGCUGGUCUGGCAUGUUUAGUUAAUCAUGAGUUUUCAGUAUUGGAGGUAAGUUUAUUGGAAAAGGAAUAUUAUUUUAGUUUAGGGGACCAAAUUGAAGCAGACAAACUCAGUACAAAUGCGGUUGCUGGUAAAUAGGGCAAAGAUUCAAAAAAAUUUAUUGUAAGCAAGGCAACGACAACCAAUUCCUGUUUUUGAAAAUACCCUUGGGAUAACUGGUGCCACAGCUGGAACUAAACUUCUGGUUAAGUCCUUCUGCAAAACAGCACCAAAAUCCUUGUUCAAGGCACUCACCUGUGUACUACGAUUUGGGUACCUGCUAUGAUUGGUCUGUUGCAAAAGCCCUUGUUGAUUUGCCAAUCAGGUUGAAAGGAAAUUCAAAAUGCAUUUCCAGUAAUGUGGUGGCCCAGAACAAGGAUAUUGGUGCUGCUUUGCAGACGUUACUAACCAGAGUUUGAUAUGUCAGUGACGCAGGCUACCUUGGGACUGUGAGUUGAACUCCUCAUAGAACAAUAGGUAAGGGUGAGUGUAGUUGCUCUGCAGAAUGCUGGAACCACAUAAAAACCAUGCCUACAUGAGACAGAGAGAUGGAUGGGAAGAAUGCAGCAGUAAAAGUUUGUUAGUGAAGUCAUAGAUCUUGCUACAAGAUGCAUCAUGCACAAUGAAUCUCAGAAACGUGAACCCUGUUCAUCUCAAAACCCUGUUUCAUGUGCUUACCAGUCUGUCCAACAGCACAUAAUUAUGAGCUGUGAUUUUGGAAACCAAAAAAGCCAUGCUUAUCAAUAAUAUCGUUAAGCUGUUAGCAGUACCCUACAACUGUAACUCUAUAAUAGUACAAAUCUGUAAUAAUGUAGGGAUGACAAGUGUGACAUCACAUGACAAGGGUGAUGCAUGCACAAAGUUGCUGUUUUGCUAAUCUAAACCUAUUGCUUUUUUUGCGGAUCUUGUUGCUGUCGCCGUCGUCGUUGCUUACACUCCCCCAUAAUAUUAAGACGCUAGAGGCCACUGGGUGCUGCUAGAGCACAGUUCUAGUUGUAUAUUGCAAGUGUGAGAUUAUUAGACUACUUCAAGGCAUAAGGUGCAAACUAAAAAAAUAACUAAGGUCCUUUAAAGCUCAACUUAACAUAAAAUAAACAGUUAAAUGGUGGAAGCAGAAAAAAAUAUACCAAUAUUUUUUACUAGUUCUGAUAAAGUUGCAGUCUCAGCUACAAUUACCGUGUAGCUAUUUUUAUAACAACAUGAGAUAACCUAAAAAUAUGUCUUAUAAUAAAGCAGUUGUAAAAUGAUAUGUUCUUAGGGUACUGGGUUUUUUAAACAAACACAGUUCAUUAACCUAUUUGAAUCAACUCUUUGACAUUUUAAUUUCACAUUCUUUGUCUGUUUCAGUACCAAUCAGGGCAAAAAUUUCUACACCACACCCCUUACCAAGUCGCAGUCGAGGCAAGUUUUUCACUAGCCUGCGUUGCAGACAUAAUUUAACCCCGGUUAGUAGCGUCUGCGAACUAGCACCAAUAUCCUUGUUCUGGGCCUCCCAACAGACUCAACAAAUUACCGGAAAUGCGUUGUGAAUUCCCCUUCAACCUGAUUGGCAAAUUGACAUUGGGAUUUUUUAACAGGCCAAUCAUAGCGUAUACUCAAUCAGGGUUGUCACUAAGAUUUCAAGUUGCCGGGUAAAUACAACAAGUAGGCGGUGAAUCAAACGGCUAGGGAUUUCUUUUGGUUCUAUUUUUCUUCUAUUUUCCAAUAAAAGUAGCCGGGGAAAAUCCCCGGCCCCCGGCUCUUAAUGACAACCCUGCUCAAUUCCUGGUACACAGGUGAGAGCCCAGAGCAAGGGUUUCGGUGCUGUUUCACAGAUGGACUCAACCAGAAGUUUAGUUCCAUCUGUGGCGCAGGCUAGUUUUUCACUUGUCUUGCCAUGUUAUACAGUACAUAUAUAUUGCUGAAUGAAAAUAUUGGUGACCUGAAAAAUAUAUUCUUGAUUGCUUAUUCAUGUAUCCCUGGUUAUUCAGAAGUUGGAUGGCGUUAUCCACCAAUAAAUCGAUAUCCAGUGGAUAAGUAUUACAAAAACCAAUAAUUAUUGCAUAGUGCUAUCCAGCUUUUGAACAACUGUGCCCAGAUGUUUUCUCUGAGUUUUGACUUAUGAACAUGUUUGGUAUUAGGUUCAUGGUUUUGGUUAAUGCACAGAAACAUUCAAGUACAGGCAGAGGGUUUGAGCAAAACUUUGUGUCAAAAACAAUGUUAUUAGGAUUUAGGAUGUCAAAACUGAGCAAUGUACUGUGUACACAUUAACUUUUUCAACCUUGUUUUUAAAUUCCAACCAGCACUCUCACUAAACGUAGUUAACUGUUAAGUAAUAAAUAAUGUGAACUUAAUAUGACUGCCUUUGUGGUUGCUGGAACUUUAGUAUUAAAAAGGUUUGAUUAACAAUGAUACAUCACAGUUAUGAAAUGAUUAAUGAUCCUGGGUCAGUGAGCUACAGUAUAAACAUGUAUUAAAAACUGAUGAAACAUAUUCUUUGUACCAUUUAAAGUGCAAAGUGUGGGAUAAGACAACAAUCUAAUGUAUUUUCCCAUUUAGUUUGGACUUUCUUACCUCUGGGUAUGGCUGUAUUAGGGUACUUGUUACGGUUGGUUUUGACAACCCUUUGCCAUGGCAACCUAAUCAAAACAAAUGAAAAAAAAGAUACAAUAUAAAUGUUCCUGAUUGUCUUAGAGGGCACUAACACAAUGAACGUGGCUGCUAGUCGUCCACUCUCAUAAUUCUCUUCCCUUUUUUUGUUUGCAUAGAUUUUAUGGACCUUCUCCAUUUACCUGGAGUCAGUAGCAAUCUUGCCGCAGUUGUUUAUGAUCUCCAAGACUGGCGAGGCAGAGACAAUCACCAGCCAUUACCUGUUUGCCCUGGGUGCCUACCGAGCUCUGUACAUCGUUAACUGGAUCUACCGAUACUACUAUGAAGGGUUCUAUGACUUUAUCGCCAUUGUUGCUGGAUGUGUCCAAACAGCUCUUUACUGUGACUUCUUCUACUUGUAUAUCACUAAAGGUAAUGUUGGGUGAUGUUAUUAUGGUUUGGGUUUUGUGCAUGUGAUGUUAAACACCAGGGCAGCAAUGUGGCCCGAGUUCAAAUCCCAGUGUCAACACGUGGCUUGAGUUUGUUAUUGGUCCGGCCACUUGCUCAGAGAUGUUUUUCUCCAGGUACUCCGGUUUUCCCCUCUUCCCAAAACCAACACUUCCAAAUUACAAUUCGAUCUGGAACACUUGUUCUUAAGAACUUCUAAGUGCUUCAUGGGUGAACAAAUAACAAUUUACAAUUUACUGUAAUUAUUACAGUAAAGAACCAUUAGCUCGUCUUAAAUCCUUGAGUCCCUUUGUUGGACAUUUUGACCAACUGUGAGCAGAAGCAUUGUUUAUUACACAUAGGUUUCAUUUUUGACAUGGAUACUAAAUGGUAUUACAUACUGAGCAAUUUCAAAACUGCUCUGUAGUUUGAUAAAGAAGAAAAAGGUGGGAAAUUAAACUGAAAAAAGAAAUACAUUUUUAUGCGUUACAUAAACAGUAGCUCUGGUAGGUAAAUUAAUUUAUUCUUGUUCUUACUACUCAUGAACGGGGCAAAUUUUAGGGAACAACGAAUUUACCUACUACAGAAAAGAGCACCUCUUAAGGUGCACUGUUUCUGCCUCUGGCUAUGGUUGGGCAGACAUGUUUGCCAGAAAUUAAGGCAGACUUAAGGAAACCAUCAUUACUCAGCCGUGAUAAUGACAUCACUGUUUUACUCAGAAGGCUGCCUAGCCAUUUCUUUAGGGUAAUUGAAAAUCUACCCAUUAUUUAUUGCUAUGGUUACGGGUUGCUUACCCUUACCUGUACCCAUAGGUAUUGAAAAUAGUGUAUCUUGAUGUUCUCAUUAUUUUUAAUGCAUCCAGAAUACAAAGGGAAAUUUCACUACCUUGUAUUGUUAAGUUUGGUGUACAGUACUAAAGAUGCUGGCUCACAGAAAUCUUUGUUUUUCAGUUUUGAAAGGAAAGUCACUGAAGUUACCAGCUUAAUUUGACAAGAGGGGAAAAGAAGACUUGCAAUUCUAUUGGACAGAAAAAGUUUGCCAGCAAAUGUAUCUCUAGAAUAAUACUUACAACUUUCAUUGUGCAAAUUGAGUGUCCGAGCUUUUAUCUUCUUUAAUAAGAUUUAUGCCAGUUACAUUAAAGUUCUUGGAAUGUACUUUCAAAAUAUUUAACUUGAGGUAAUAUAUGCAUUAUUUUGGUAGCUUUUCUAUGAAUUAUAGGCCCGUGUGGUCUAUACUUCUUGCUUCAGACCAUUUUAGCAAGAAAUCUGUGAACACUAGGAUAGCUCUGGAUUAUGUAUUUGUCCUGUCUUAUCCCUUUCAAUCAAAGUUGAAGGGGUAGGUGGAAAACGUUCUUGUCUUUAUCAGUGACUUUUGAUGGUAAGUUAAAAUCUCUCAUUCUUUCACAAGCAUACAUAGGGCAACUUGAGUAGAGGAUC